AUGCGUGACGGUGUUUAUGUGUCUGGAUGGAAAGCGAAGCGGGUAUCCAACAAGCUGGUCCGGAGGCGCUGGGUCAGGAGUUGUCGCGGCCUCUCCAGCCCCGCCCCCUCGCCCGCGGCGACCGCCUCACUGCCCCAGGUUCAAGUUCACCCCGGCAGCGCUGCCUGCUCCGCAGCCGCCAGGCCGCCUGGUUUGAAGGCGAGGAGGGUCCAGAAGUCUUCAGGACCCGAUUUUGACUCGGGGGGCAAGCGUUUUCGGGGGUCGGGGGGCGCGGCGGAGAAUGGCCGCGGGGAGGGCUCCCCGGAGCCUCCCAGUCUCUUGAUCAAAGCAUUCCGCUAUUCUGAUUUAUUGCCUGCUUGCUCGCUAGCCUCGUCGUCGGGCUCCGACAAGGAAGACAAUGGGAAGCCCCCGUCCUCCGCCCCGUCCCGGCCCAGACCCCCGCGGAGGAAGCGGAGAGAGUCCACCUCGGCUGAAGAGGACAUCAUUGAUGGAUUUGCCAUGACCAGCUUUGUCACUUUUGAAGCGCUGGAGAAAGAUGUAGCACUUAAGCCUCAGGAACGCGUGGAGAAACGCCAGACCCCUCUGACCAAGAAGAAACGAGAAGCACUUACCAACGGCUUGUCCUUUCAUUCCAAGAAGAGCCGCCUCAGCCACCCACAUCACUACAGCUCAGAUCGAGAAAAUGACCGCAAUCUCUGCCAGCACCUUGGGAAGAGAAAGAAAAUGCCAAAGGGACUCAGACAGCUCAAGCCAGGACAGAACAGCUGCAGGGACAGUGACAGUGAAAGCGCCAGUGGAGAAUCCAAGGGCUUCCACAGGAGCAGCUCUCGGGAAAGGCUCAGCGAUAGUUCAGCUCCUUCCAGUUUGGGAACAGGCUACUUCUGUGACAGCGACAGUGACCAGGAAGAGAAGGCAUCAGAUGCCAGCUCUGAAAAACUCUUCAAUACUGUUAUUGUAAACAAAGAUUCAGAGUUGGGUGUUGGCACACUGCCCGAACAUGACAGCCAGGAUGCAGGGCCCAUUGUCCCCAAGAUAUCUGGUCUAGAGAGGAGCCAGGAGAAGAGCCAGGACUGCGGCAAAGAGCCUAUCUUUGAGCCCGUGGUGCUUAAAGACCCCUGCCCUCAGGUCCCGCAGCCACGACCCCAACCCCCGGCGGAGCCCCAGCCCAGAGCGCCUUCUCCAGACCCUGACUUGGUGCAGCGCCCAGAGGCACCGCCUCAGCCCCCACGUCAGAGCACACAGCCGCCGCAGGCCCCCCCAGAGGCCCAGCUCCCGCCGGCUCCAAAGCCCCCGGUGCAGAGGCCGCCCCGGCUGCAGUCCCCCACCCAGCUGCUCCACCAGAGCCUCCCCCCGGUGCAGGCGCACCCCUCAUCCCAGAGCCUCUCCCAGCCGCUGUCGGCCUACAACAGCAGUAGCUUAAGCCUCAACAGUUUAAGCAGCAGCAGAAGCAGCACUCCAGCGAAGACUCAGCCGGCCCCUCCUCACAUCUCCCACCACCCCUCAGCCUCCCCGUUUCCCCUCUCCCUGCCCAACCACAGCCCGCUGCACAGCUUCACGCCCGCCCUCCAGCCCCCCGCACACUCCCAUCACCCCAAUAUGUUCGCCCCUCCCACGGCUCUGCCUCCUCCACCACCACUGACAUCAGGGAGCCUGCAGGUCCCCGGACACCCAGCCGGGAGCACUUACUCAGAGCAAGACAUCCUGCGACAGGAACUGAACACGCGAUUCUUGGCCUCGCAGAGCGCUGACCGCGGGGCCUCCCUGGGCCCGCCGCCCUACCUGCGCACCGAGUUCCACCAGCACCAGCACCAGCACCAGCACACGCACCAGCACACGCACCAGCACACCUUCACACCCUUCCCGCACGCCAUCCCUCCCACUGCCAUCAUGCCGACGCCAGCACCUCCCAUGUUUGACAAAUACCCUACAAAAGUUGACCCAUUCUACCGGCACAGUCUCUUCCAUUCCUACCCUCCUGCAGUAUCGGGCAUCCCCCCUAUGAUUCCACCCACUGGCCCUUUUGGUUCAUUACAAGGAGCAUUUCAGCCGAAGACAUCCAAUCCUAUCGAUGUUGCUGCUCGACCUGGGACAGUCCCACACACUCUACUCCAGAAGGACCCGAGGUUGACAGAUCCUUUCAGACCCAUGUUAAGGAAACCGGGGAAGUGGUGUGCUAUGCACGUGCACAUUGCCUGGCAGAUCUACCACCACCAACAGAAAGUCAAGAAACAAAUGCAGUCAGACCCACAUAAACUGGACUUUGGACUGAAGCCCGAGUUCCUGAGCCGUCCUCCAGGCCCCAGUCUCUUCGGAGCCAUCCACCACCCCCACGACCUGGCACGGCCUUCGACCUUGUUCUCUGCCGCAGGUGCUGCACACCCAACUGGGACCCCUUUUGGGCCGCCGCCUCAUCACAGCAACUUCCUCAACCCUGCUGCUCACCUAGAGCCUUUCAACCGGCCGUCGACGUUCACGGGCCUGGCGGCAGUCGGUGGCAAUGCCUUCGGGGGACUUGGAAACCCUUCAGUUACACCCAACUCAAUGUUCGGCCACAAGGAUGGCCCCAGUGUGCAGAACUUUAGCAACCCUCACGAGCCCUGGAACCGGCUGCACCGAACGCCUCCGUCGUUCCCGACCCCUCCGCCCUGGCUGAAGCCGGGGGAGCUGGAGCGUGGCGCGUCCGCUGCAGCUCAUGACAGAGAUAGAGAUGUAGAUAAACGAGACUCAUCCGUUAGUAAAGAUGACAAAGAAAGGGACAGUGUUGAGAAGAGACACUCCAGCCACCCCUCACCAGCACCUAUCCUCCCGGUGAGCACCCUGGGACACAGCCGCGGCUCCACUGAACAGAUCAGGGGGCAUUUGAACACUGAGGCUCGCGAGAAAGACAAACCCAAAGAGAGGGACCGGGACCACUCGGAGUCCCGCAAGGACCUGGCCGCGGAGGAGCACAAGGCGAAGGAGGGCCACCUGCCGGAGAAAGACGCGCACGGCCACGAGGGGCGCGCCGCGGGCGAGGAGCCCAAGCAGCUGGGCCGGGUGCCCUCGCCCUACCCGCCGCCGCCCCCGCCGCCCAGCUCGUCCAGCGCGCACGCGGGGCCCCUGGCCAUGCCCAUGACGGUGGGGGUGACGGGCCUGCACCCCAUGAACAGCAUCGGCAGCCUGGACAGGACUCGCAUGAUGACGCCCUUCAUGGGCAUCAGCCCCAUCCCGGGCGGAGAGCGGUUCCCGUACCCCUCCUUCCACUGGGACCCCAUUCGGGACCCGCUGAGGGACCCCUACCGGGAACUCGACAUCCACCGGAGGGACCCGCUGGGCAGGGACUUCCUGCUGAGGAACGACCCCCUCCACCGGCUGUCCGCCCCCCGGCUGUACGAGGCCGACCGCUCCUUCAGGGACCGGGAGCCCCACGACUACAACCACCACCACCACCACCACCACCACCCGCUGGCGGUGGACCCGCGGCGGGAGCACGAGCGCGGGGCGCACCUGGACGAGCGCGAGCGCCUGCACCUGCUCCGAGAGGACUACGAGCACACGCGGCUGCACCCCGUGCACCCCGCCUCGCUCGACGGGCACCUCCCGCACCCCGGCCUCCUCACCCCGGGGCUCCCCAGCAUGCACUACCCGCGCAUCAGCCCCACGGCGGGCCACCAGAACGGACUCCUCAACAAGACGCCCCCCACCGCCGCGCUCAGCGCGCCGCCGCCGCUCAUCUCCACGCUGGGGGGGCGCCCGGUCUCCCCCAGGAGGACUACGCCCCUGUCGGCAGAGAUGAGGGAGAGGCCGCCUUCCCACACCCUGAAGGACAUCGAAGCUCGGUAAGGAGAGAGGCGCGGAAGAGGCAGAGGCAGCCCGCCCCGAAAACACGCCAGACUUCGGGGAGGGGGGGAGUCGGUGACUCUUGCGUCCCCCACACAGACUGCAGGGCGGAGCCCCCCCCCCACCUCUUCCCUGUAAACAAUGUAUAGACUCAGUGCAGAUUUUGAAAUGUUUUUGUAUAUUAUACGUUGACAUUUUUCAGAUCUUUUAGCCAAGUCCUAUGUUCUCAUGUGUCCAACUCUUUUGGUUUCUCGUAUAAAACUUUUUGAUUUGAACCAAAACAGUGAAGGUGACACACACCGAUGUGUUCAUUGCGGAGGAGACAGAGACAGACAGACAAUAAUCGUCCGCACCAUCCAUCGUGCAAAGAGCUCUUUCAGACGAGAAGGGAAGGCCGUGUACAUAGUUGUGUAAAAAAAAAAAAAAAAAAGAUUGCUUCAUGAGCUAAGGGUUCAUAUAUGCAAAAGGGUAAGAUGAAAGCUUUACUUUGUACAAAUGUAAAUAGUAAAGAUUAAGUAACAUAAUACAUUAAUACUUCUUAAAAUGUGCUCUUUGCAAACUUAAUCUCAGCGAGCACGGCCGGCUGCGGCUGUGUUCCCGUGUAUUGUUAGAGACAGCUAAACCCUUCAACUAUGCAAUGAAUGUCCGGGCUUUCCACAGAAGCCCGCCCAACUCAAAGGAGCCUUUUCAGAUCCAUUUACAACAUAAUUAAGGUCAUAUUUUCCCUGAACAAGCGCUUACGUGAUAGGACUCUGUUUUCCUUGCUUGUUUUUUCAAACGGAGAAACAUCCUAUUUUGCAAAUUGGACCCCAGGCCGAAACUUUGCCUCUGAAGUUGCUGCUUGUGGGCUCCCUGGGCAGAGUGCGGUCCCCAAAGGUCAGAGGACAUGAGCAGCCAGGGCCAGGGUGGACGGGAGUGGUCAGAUACCAAAAUCAGGGGACACAAACAGGUCGCCAGCAUCUUGUCACCGUCAGUCACAUGACUUCGCACGCACCUCAUGUGGGAACCAUGCGUUUUUCCAGCGUGUCCCAUUUCAUACUCGCUCACACUUCCUCGUUUUGUAAUGAGGUUCAAUCACACCCAAACAGAUCCUGAAAGAAAGCUUUGCGUUUUCUCAGAUGAUGGAUAUGUUUUCACUGUAUUCGAUAACCGACAGAUGGAAGGGGCACAUUUCCUAAUGUGGCUCCCUGUGUCCAGUCGGUGAUAGAGUCUGGGAGUAGCCCAACAGGUCAGCCUUGUGGAGCCAUGGAGAGAGAGGUACCGAGGGUGGGAGGUGGCAGAGACAAAGUCUUGUGUGUGCGUGUGUUUUUAAGUUUGCAUCAAUCGUAACGUCUCUUCAUAAUACUUUUAUAAUACAUUAAGCCUCUUGUCUACAUAUUUGGAGAGAAUAUGACUUUACUAGCAGAGAAAUACAAUAUAUCUUGUCUACUGGACUGUAAAAUAUAUGUAUGAAAUAAAAUUAGUUCCAUUUGGUCUUCUAGUAUAUUAAAGUGCUAUCUGACGUUGUUACCCUGUUUUUGGAGAAAAAAAAAGUUAACUACAGACCAUUGUUUCUAAUAAGCAGAGAGAUCUAUUUUAGUAGUAAACUGAAGGUUUAGUUGUGAGCUUCAGAAUUUUGUGAACUCCAGAUGUUGUGCAGUGGUUUUACUUUCUUUUCUUUUUUUUAAGACAACAACUAAAAAGGAAAAAAAAUCCAAGGAAUAUGUACACUGGAACUGUAGUGGUAGCUCUCAGUAUUGUAAAGAGAUUGUUCUAUACAGACCUUUUGCUGUUUCUCCUGUAUGUAAUAAAGUCCUUUCUAGACCCCAUGUGAACAGAAAAGUGAAGCGACUGACUCUUCAGCAUGUUCUCAGCGGCGGAGCCUUCUUGUGUAAUGUAAACUGUGCCAUGUUAUUAAAAAAUGUGAACGAA